AUGCAGGAAUUCGAAGGUGUCACUGACGAGCUCAAGGCUCUUUUAUCGCAGCAUUUCCAAGUCGUGGCAACCCACUCUCAACGGCAAGACCAGUGGUACAAGAGGUCUUAUCGAUCCUUCGCAGCAGAACAUGGCAAUCGUGAGCCACUUAUUCUCGUGCCACGCAAAUCCCGAGAAGAAUGGAUCCCCCAAGUCCGCCGUUUCGCCAAAACGAUGGCUGCCAAAGUGAUAGCUGCAGGCGAAGCUCAGACCUGUCAACCGAGAGACAUGGUCUCAGACUCAAAGCUCUUCUCGGACAAAGUUCUCGAUGCGAUUCAUACAAUACCUCUCAGUCGAGCUGUUAGAGGGAAAGAUCAACUACGACCAGUUGCGAUGCAGAUUACGCGGUGGACAUCAACAAACUCUUACGUAUUCAGCGACACGGAGCGGAUCACGGGCAUCAAAGGGCUCAUCGCAUGUGGAGAAGUGGAUGCACUGCUACGCUUGGCAAACCUGCCACAGACGCAUCCACCGAAAGAGCGUGAGAUAGAUCCUUCGCGGUGGAGACACCUGAACAGAGACUGGCAGGAUGCCAUUGAUGCUAUCCUUUCCGUUAUGUGGUUUCUCGGAGCCAUAGAAUCCUUCCCCGAGGACUUCGUCUCGGGUGAUGGUUACAAGUACUGGGUUCCCGUAGCAUUCAACAGCUACAUUUCGCGCUUCCAACCAUAUAUCGAGGCCUACGAUGGCAAGAUACCAAAGACGGCCGAGGCAAUCCAGAAAGAGAUAUCUCAAUGCGUCAAGGCGUUGGUUGCGGCUCAAAUAUUCUCUUCUGAAGCUGGUUUCGAUGCGGUCCAGUGGGAAGACCGCAUUGUGGACAAUUUUCUGUACAUUUUGGGAUUUGAGGCCUGGAAUCGGAGCAGAGAAGGGGCCGGCUAUCUGAACUGUGAUCUGAAUGUCACCAAGACUGCAAAGUCGCUUCGCAGUGUCAGCUAUGGGGAGGAGAAUAGCGAUGUAGAAGAGACUGCAAAAAAUAAGGAGGUUGCUCCAAAGCCUAAGGACCCUCUUAAGUUGAGGGAGCCAAAGAAGGAGAUGGCUUCUGAGACGAGUGAGGAGGAACAAGAGGAAAUUGAGAAGCUUGCUGCUCUAGAGACCAUGGAGAACGAAUAUGGGCGGAAAAGGAGCGCGAAGUAUAUGCCCAAACAUAAGGGUUGA